UUCUAGUGUAGCGUUAGCAUAGCUGCAAAGUUCUGUAAAACUUUCCCAGGUAGAAAAGACGAACGUUACAGACACAAUUUAAAGACUUAACGCAACUUGGUUGUCUCUGUUGCUGCUACACGUGAUAUGAAGAUGGAUACAACUGACGGAAAUACUUCGUACAAAGUGAAAUAUGCAGAUACAUGUCCAAACAUACCGAUGGCCGGUAAACGCAUACCCGUGGGAGACAGGGCUAAAUCCUGCCUACAAGAAGCUGCAAGGCCCCUGACCCCACCUGUGGUAAGGAAAUUCCGCAACAGCAUCCAGCCAGAACCGGGAUCUAUCAGAGUUCACCAAGGGAAGGCAAAUGAUCCAGAUGUUGCAAGCACCCUUGUUCAUGGCAUCAGCACCAAAUCUUCCCUCAGUGGCAGAAGCUUGCUAAAUCCUCCACAAAAGACCUUGUUCCAGCACAAGUUACAGGAGCUCAGUGAAGCAGUGUAUGCCUCCAGUAAAAAGGCACCAGUGGGCAGGUCACACGAUCAGCGUGUUGGACUUCCCAUCAGCACUAACGACAAAACUACGUAUGGUGUGAAAACAGUUAGAGGGCUGGAUGUGCGUGAGAUUAUUAACCCCUCAAAAACAGCAGAGGAGAUGGAGAAGGAAGCUCAGGAGGGACACGAGGCUUACAUUCGUAGCCACAACGCCUAUUUUGUUGGUGAGCGGAUUGACAGAAAGUACGACUGGAGUCACUACAGUAAAGACAGCAGGUUUGGGAUCCUCACACCUCAUUUCAAUGACGGCCGUAAUCUCAGCAAAUCUCUCCACUGGCUGGGAGAGACACAGAAGUUUUACAAUCCAAAGGCUGUUUGGAAGAGAUCUGGGAACAGGGAAAAGCUGGCGCAACAAUUUGGCGUAAUGAACAAUGUGAGGAAAAAUACCUUGAAUGUUCCACCAGAUCACACCUUUGGAGUUGCCUUGCCACUGGAUGAAUUUGGUGUUGGUGAUAUAAUCCACUCCACUAAGCCAGGCCAGUACGUGAGAGGCCGAGACCAGCAGCGCAGCCUGGUCAAUGCAGUGAGACACCAUCUCAAGAAGAUCAAUUUCCACAACUUCCCCUCUCUGCUGCAGGCGUUCAAACAUUAUGACAAGGCAGGCAAGGGAAUGAUUGACAAAGAGGACCUGCAGGCGGUGUGCCAUCAGUUCCAACUGGACGUGAGCAGGCCAGUUCUGGAUGACCUGAUGGACUACUGUGACACAGACAAGGACGGACUGAUCGACUUCCUGGAAUUUGCAAACUUCCUCAACUGGAAGGACAAGAUGCCAGUCAGCAGUCGAGAGCAAGGCAUUUUGACAAAUGAGCGUCACACCAGCUCUGCUCCAGCCAACAUCGGGCAGAAGCCUCCCUCAGAAUCAGAGCAGCUUCCUGCCUCUCAGGCCUUAAUAAAGCCUGAGGACUUGGAGCCCAUUAAGCCAGGCAGCUCACUGAAGACCCUCAGGACCCUGAGGCGACCGAGGGCAGCCCCAGACCACUUCAUGACCUCCUCCACCCUCAUCGGAUCUGUCAGUGAUUCGUCCACGUUGAACAGCCGCACCUAUGGGAUCCCAACUGUGCGCUCCGACCUUCCAGCUCCACGCUUAAAGAGAGUCAGUGAUACUAACAACUAUGGUGAUACGUCCACGGCUGCAGAUCUUCUGCAUCCAUCAGUUCAUGCCCUCCGGGGGGUUCAUGAGGAACACUUCUUUUGUCCUCGCGCCAAGAAGGAGAUUGCAGAGAUCUUUAGGAAUGUGGGUGUGAAUAUUUCUGAGGAGACGUUCGAGGAGGCCUGGAAGCUGGCGUCCAUGAAGCAUCCAGCCGGGGAGCUUCCUCUUGGAUGUGUGCAGCUUAUGAUGCCGCAACUGGUCGCUAUUGUUUUUUGAAGUCCUGACCUCACCAGCACGCUGUGCCCAGGAACAUCUUGAACAUAGAAAAAAAAGAAAACCCAGGCAAAGGCAGAUACUCUGCAGAUAACUAAUAAAUACACCACCACACACUUCUAGUGGGUGAUAAGUGAUGAUUGAGAGGCAUUACUUCUUCAUUACUUCGUCUUUAACCACUUGGAAAAUGCGCGGUUGCCAAGCAACCAUAACCAGCACUGUGUCAUAGCCUACUUACAAGAAAUGCUGAUUGCGGAGCUGAUUUUAUUCCAGAUGUUGUUUUCUAAGUGUGUAUUUGGCCAAAAAUAUUCUCUGUGGGACGGAUGUAAAACUUUGGCAACUUCUUCUUCGUCUUUAUCACAAACUGAUAUUUACGAAGAAGGGACAGAUAUCUGCUGGCUGUGAUUGGUUGCUCCUCGUCAUUUGACAUGCUGUCCGCGCUUCUGCAUUCCAAAAGUUAAACUUUGUUUAUCUUCAGGUGCAGCUGUUGCACCCUGAAAAACAGGUUCUCCGGAAAGCGUGUGCCCUGACGGCGUCGCUCUGCCUUUUGAGUGCACCUGCUGCACAUCUACAUUGAAAACAGUGAAUCUGAGGGUGCAAAAAAA